AUGGCUAAUUUUUUUUCACUAGACGGAGGAGGAAGUAGCAGCCAAAAUCAACAACAAGAAAUCAGCGCAGAGAGUUGGUUCUUGUACAGAAAUGAUCAUAAUCAAGAAAUGCCCACUUACAAAGGCUUCGAGUUAUGGCAAAGUACAACUCCUCAGCAUCAACCCGAACAACAACAACAACAACAACACCAAUUCCGUCACCCAAUUUAUCCUUUGCAAGAUCUUUAUUCCACUGCUGUUGGAUUAGGUGUCGGGCCCAGCCAAAGUGGCUUUGACAUAUUUGCAGGCGAUCAAGAGGCAUCAAGAUCAGGGUUUGUGAUGAUGAGGAGUGGAGGAGGUGGAAUUAGCUGCCAAGAUUGUGGGAACCAAGCUAAGAAAGAUUGUCAACACAUGAGAUGUAGGACUUGCUGCAAGAGUAGAGGGUUUCAGUGCCAAACUCAUGUCAAAAGCACUUGGGUUCCAGCCGCUAAACGUAGAGAAAGGCAACAACAACUUUCUGCUCUGCAGCAGCAGCGACAGGAACGACAUGAUCAGUUACACUUGGAUCAUAACAAUAAUAAUAAGUCCAAAAGGCAAAGAGAGGAUCCAAGUGCUUCCUCUCUUGUUUGUACUCGUUUGCCUUCAAAUACUAAUGGGUUAGAAGUGGGAAAUUUUCCAGCAAAAGUAAGUUCAGCUGCUGUAUUUCAGUGCAUCCAAAUGAGCUCAAUUGAGGAUGCUGCGGAUCAGUUAGCAUACCAGGCGGCUGUGAAUAUUGGGGGCCAUGUGUUCAAAGGAAUUCUAUAUGAUCAAGGUCCUGAAAGUGAGUAUAAUAAUAAUAUGGCUGCCGCCGGUGAUACUUCUUCUGGUGGUGGAAGUGGUAGUGCUGGAGUUCCACACCACCAUAACUCCGCUGCCACCGCCAUCAUCGCAAGCGGCGGUGCUACAGCGGCAGCGGCAGCGGCAGCGGCAGCGGCAGCGGAGGCCUCAAAUUUUCUUGACCCUUCUUUAUUUCCAGCUCCCCUUAGUACAUUCAUGUCAGCUGGUACGCAAUUCUUUCCACAUCCCAGAUCUCCUUGA